UUAGCCAUGCUACGCCUAGGUGGGAGCAUUGUUCUACACCGCCGUCAGUCAACACAAAUCAUCCUGAAGUCGCACUGAAGUCGGAUAGGAUGUUGCGGCAUUACGGGGGGCCUGAGUUGGAAUGAAAACGUGUUAUAUUGGUAGCCUACAUCAUAACAGAACAGACCCAGCCAUGAGGGACCGUCUGAGCCACAUGCAGGAGCUGUCCCAGUCCAACGGCCAUGUGGAGCAGAUGGACUAUGCCGAGUCCGGGGAGUCCGUCUCCGGGGACUCCAUCAAUGUGGACCUGGAGGAGGAGCUCCCUCACCAGGCUGUGGUGUGGGACAAUACCCCUGAACUGGAGGAGGUCUUCUCCCAGUCCCAGCAGGUCCACCGUGAGGUCCAGCUUAUCCGCCUCGAGGUCAAACGCCUACGUGAGCAGAACUCACGCGUGCUCCAGGGCACCACUAGGAUGUCAGUCGUUAAGAGAGACUCCAACGCCAUCGCAGCUGACAUUAAGGCCCGUGCUGAGGGUGUGCUGACGUGCCUCAAGGACAUGGACUCCGCAGUGCGGGAGCUGGAGGCAGCUCAUGGCUCCAAUGCCGCCGUGACUCGCAUCGCCAGGACCCAGUACGCCUGCCUGAGCAACAGCUUCCGUGAUGCCAUGUUCGACUACAAUGAGACAGAGAUGAGCCACAGGGAGAGUUGCAAAGCCCACAUUCAGAGGCAGAUGGAGAUUGUGGGGCGGGAGGUGACUGGUGAGGAGGUGGAGGAGAUGAUCGAGACAGGCCAGUGGAAUGUCUUCAAUGAGAACAUCCUGUCAGAGGGCAAGACAGCGCGCUCGGCGCUCAACCAGAUCGAGAGCCGCCACCGAGAGCUGCUGGACCUGGAGAGCAGGAUCCAGAGCAUCCAUGAGAUCUUCCUGGAUGUGGCUCUGCUGGUGGAGGAGCAGGGCCCCAUGAUGAACACCAUCCAGACCAAUGUCCAGAAAACAGAUGUGGCCAUCCAGGAGGCACUGGUCAAAAUCAGCAAGGCCAAGCGCCACAACAAGAACAACCCCUUCAAGAAGAUGUUCUGCUGCUGCUUCCCCUGCGUCAAAUGAGGCAGAGACUGAGGAAGAAGACUGGGCAGUGUUGUGGUACUCAGUCCGGUCUCAAGAUGGUCUUGUCUCGGUGUCCAGUCUUGACUUGGUCGCGGACAUUGAGGACUCAUAAUUUCUUCCUGAGACCAGCCGACACCAGCGGAGUAAAAAACUCAUAAUUAUCCGCUUCCAUUCAGCUAAUUCAUAGAUUUUUUGUAGCCUUAGUUAUCUAUCAUCUGUUAGAAAACAGUCAAAUCUCGCUGAACCCUCCUAUCAACUAUACUAAAUCAGAACCCUCCUGUCACCCACCCUUGGAUACCAAUGGCAAUAUAUACUUUGGAAGAGUCUGUGAAAUAAUGAUAUUAUUGCCUUUUUUAAAUAUGCUUUUCAGGCACUGAAGUACAUCUAAAUAAACAUAUAUCAAUGCCUUUCUAGAAUAAGAAAAAACACAGUUAUUUUCUGCUUUAGAAAUGUUUGUUUUCUACCCUCCUAUAGUUAAUUCCCUCUACCCUUAACAGUAUAUAAACUGUGAGAUAAUAAUGAUUAAAUUAAAGUGUACUUUGUUGUUGUUCUCUGUCUGAACAUUAAAUCCACAACUUUAAACGAGAAUAAAAUUAAGAAUACUUUUUGUCAAGAGUAUUUUGU